UGUGUGAGAUGGAAUAAUGUGAGGAUAAUGACUGCAGAGCUGUUGGAUAAGACUAACGUGGCAUGUCUGCACCAUGACAGACAGGAAGAGGUUCACGGUCCAGUCUGUUGAGUUUCUUUAUUUCUACGUCGAAACAGUUUGUUGACAGUUUAUUUUCUGCCGUGAAGGAAUGUUGGCUUAUUAACAGGUGGAUCUCCUUGGAUCGAGCUGGUGAACGCACCUUCUUGCUCUUGCCGUUAAACACAACUCCUUCAGGAUGAGACUGUGGACUUUACUCAUCAUUUUCCCGGUGUGCGCAUCCUCUCCUCUUUCAGCCGAAACGUCUCGAGGCAAAGAUCCAGCUGUGGAGAGCAGCUGCUCCGGCCGAGCCUGCAACCCCCGCAUGGGCAACUUGGCCCAGGGCAGGGUGCUGAGCACCCAGUCGACCUGCGGCUCCAACUUUUCAGAGCCCUACUGCUUCUACAAACAAACAGCUGCCCCCCGCAGAAAGGAGUCCUGCUCGGCGGCAAAAUGCAGCAAGUGCAGCUCUGCCAUCCCCAGCCAGGCGCACCCUCCCUCUGCCAUGAGCGACUCCUCAUUCCGCUACCCUGACACCUGGUGGCAGUCUGCGGAGGGGGUGAAGGAGGAGACGCUCCAGUUGGACCUGGAGACUGAGUUCCUCUUCACCCAUCUCAUCCUGGUGUUCCGCUCCCCCCGCCCUGCUGCCAUGAUGCUGGAGCGCUCCCAGGAUCACGGGCACACGUGGAAGACCCUCAGAUACUUUGCCAGGGACUGUGAGGAGGUGUUUGGCCUGGCAGAUGGGCCAUCAGUCGGGGAGAGUGGGGCAACAUGCACCUCAAAGUAUUCAGGAGCUUUUCCUUGUACCAGAGGAGAGGUGAUCUAUCGGGCCUUGUCUCCCUGGCACUCGGUGGAUCCCUAUGGACCAGCUGCUCAAGACCAGCUCAUGAUCACCAACCUGAGAGUGCGUCUGCUGCAGCGCCAGCCGUGUCCCUGCCAGGCCAAACAUCCUGGCGCUGCUGGACUCCCCACGGGCCAUUUCGCCAUAUAUGAUUUUGUUGUCAAAGGCAGCUGCCUUUGCAACGGACAUGCCGACCACUGUGUUCCGGCCAGGGGCUACCAGCCCGGCCAACAGAAGACCAGUAACAUGGUCCAUGGCAAGUGUGUUUGCAGACACAACACAGCUGGUGACCACUGUGAGCGCUGUGCACCUCUCUACAAUGACCAGCUCUGGCAUGCGGCCAACGGCAUCAUAGGGACACCGCAUAAGUGCCAGAAGUGCAAGUGUAACGGUCACGCCAAGAGCUGUCACUUCAGUCGUGGACUGUGGCUAGCAACAGGGCGGCGGAGUGGUGGCGUGUGUGACGACUGCCGCCACAACACAGAGGGCCGUCACUGCCAGAACUGUAAAGACGGUUUCUUCCGAGACCCCGGUCGUCCAAAAACGGCCCCUGACUCCUGCAAACCCUGUUCCUGCCACCCCGUGGGCUCUGUCCUCUCAGGUGGCAGCCCCCUCUGCGACCCUAGCGGCGGGGAGUGCACUUGUAAGCCUGGCGUCGGAGGCCCCCGCUGUGACGGCUGCAUGACGGGAUACUGGGGGCUUCAUGAAUACGGCUGCCGUCCAUGUGACUGCACAGGGGACUGCGACCCCUACACUGGUGACUGCAUUCCUGGCUCAGAUGUGGAGGUCUUCUAUACAGCCACUGGCCACAUGGGACACAGCAGCAAUAAUAGUGAGACGGCACUCUUUAGGGUAGAGGAGCUUUUCUCUGCACUGCACCACUCUGAGAAAUGUGAAUGUGUCGAAGUAACCCUGGGCAGCCCUAAACUCUUCUGUGCUGCAGAGUACGACUAUGUGCUGCUGGUGAAGGUGAUGUCAGCUCACGACAAAGGCUCCCAUGCAGAGGUGGAGGUCAAGGUCAAGAAGGUGUUGUACCAGAACCCUCAGAUGAAGCUCCAGAGGGGAAGUGUCACCCUUUACCCAGAGUCCUGGACCAUCCAAGGCUGUACCUGUCCCAUCCUCAACCCAGGAUCUGAGUAUGUAGUGGCUGGUCAUGAAGACUGGAAGACCGGCCGACUGAUGGUCAACACCAAGAGCCUUGUUAAACCGUGGAAGUCGAGCCUGGGACGCAAAAUCCUCCACAUCCUCAGGAAAGACUGCGGCCGCCGGUAGGGCAUCGCUAAGAACUGCAACGGGCGGAGGCGGAGGAUCAGCUGUGACAUGCAGAUGAUGUGUUGGAUGAGUGAAAUAAUGGGCGAAAUGAACACAGGAAGUGUCUGAAUUAGGCAUUGCUUGGACACUUAAGUGAAAGCAAAAAAGACAAAACAAUGCCCACCACAAGGAUUUCACCGUUCAUUUGUCUUCCCGAGUCGAGUCCACAGCCCCAAAAAAAACAGAACACUACAAAGCUGUGGUUGUUGUAAAACUGUGGUAGAAAUAAGCUCAUACUGUAAGCAGAUACCUCGCCAGACUGCAGUCACUUAAGGAUCAAAGAGAACAAAGCAAGCUAUAAAGACCUUCAUCCAGACAAAGCUGAGGUUAGAAUCUCAUUCUUGUGUUUUGCGAUGCUCCUUGGCUUAUCAUUCUCUCCAGAUUAUUUAUAAAGCAGUAAGGAGCGCAUGUUAAAUACUCAAUUAUACUUUAUUCCUUGGCCGAAGUUGCUGUUGGAGUCGAUGAGCCAAAACAGUCACGUCCUGCUGUAUCUAUUUCAUUGAGAGCUGUUUACUUUGAAAUCUUGCAAAGGCCCUGACUGUAUUAUCCUUGUCUUCUCACACAUAUUGGCGAUAAAUCAUGAAUGAGUCAACAUCAGUGUGCGUGAGUGUGUGCAAGCGUGGAUGUGUGCAUAUGCUUGAUGUCCUUGGCAGCGAGUCUGGGACGGUGCAGGUCCGAACAAGUAACUCCUGGAUGAGGAGAGAGGAUGAAGGAUGAAAAAAAAAAAAAAAAAAAAACAUUAAAGGAAUCAGUCGGCUUAAUCUGAACAGCUCUGCUUUGCUCUGGCACACUUGCCCGCCUGCUGUCUGACAAGAGCAAAACACGCUCCGCUCCACCCUCUCUGCUCUGCAGUACAUGCAACCAGCUAAAGCACUUGGGAUUGAGUGUGCUCUUACAGCUGGUUCAGUUACUAGAGUGGAUUGUCAGGUUGCUUAAGUCAGACUCGAUUCUGUGAGGAUUUUCUGCUGUCCUCAGAAGACCCACUUCCAUAUGAGGAGGAUUCACUUGAGAGGCCCCCUCUGAACCCAACCCGGUGGGAGCCAGUGUGUGUGUGUGUGUGUGUGUGUGUGUGUGUGAGAAAGAGAGCGCACACACUCUCUUAACAUAUGUUUCUCUUUUUGGCCUGUGACUCCUGCUGCCCCAAAAUAAAUAUGUAUUAAAAGCCUGGGUGCUCAUUGACAUCACAGUGUAUCACAUCCAAGAGUCCACAGGCCAUUUUUGAGUGAGGCCCAGUUAAGAAUAGGCCGGGUCUGCUGUCUCCAAGGAGAAGGACAAACUGUGUGAGGAGCCAUGAUGCAUCCCUCAGUCAUAACAUCACCACCAAUGUCCUUGUCACAAAGACUUUUCCAAAAUAAGAGAAGAUGGGCAGGAAAUUUUUCCUGUAAAGGACAAAGUGGUGAUUUAGGGUGCAUGAAUGUGCUCUGCUGUCAUUGUGAUAUUGGUAUUACUAUUUCUAUGUGUCCUAUAUGUUCCUUUUUUUUCAUCUAAACUGCAUAAACUCUGUGUCAGUGUGCUCAUUCUUAAUGCUUCUGGGAAAAGUCUAUUUCAUUCCAUGGUCACAUUAUGUUGAAGCACGGGGCUAUGAAUAGCCUGAUGUGUCUUCCUGUAACAUCUUUACUAGCAGGGGUGGCCGACUGAUGUUUGACCCGUGUUUUAGUACCGCCCUCCUUUGGUUAAAAGAGAGAAAUACACUUCUACGUGGUUAAACAUCUGACAUCAUCAUACACACUCAGUUGCCACUUUAUCAGUUCCCGCCCUCAUGAAGGUUAUGAUAUUCAGUUUUUGUUCAAACUGUUUUAGAGAGAGGUUGAUUAAACUUUAUAAUUUUG